AGGGUGACCCUUUAUAUUCUCUCUUCCGUUCGAGUCUCAUUUUCGCACAAUGGAGGCGCCUCGUCCUUGGGUCCGUCCCUUUUUGGAAGAAUCGCCACCACUAGGUUCUGUCUGCCACCUCUUAUAACAAUGUUUUUUGCUGCGCCAUUUCAGACAAAGACAAAGAUAGACAACAACUCAAAUAAAAGAUUGACGGGCAGCCGAGCCGUCUUCUCUUCAAUUCUUCCCCUUCUACUAUGUUGACGCAUCACAAACUUUGCCAGCCCGGGCUUCACAUCUCAUCAUCCAGAUCCCCUACCGAAUAUUAUUUCGUUUACAACGGCUUUCUUCCAGCUUCCACGACCAGAAUCUGGGAAUGGGAUUACUCGUCGGAAACGCCACCCUAUUUCCUCGACUUCUUCGCCGAUUUUGGAGGCGUUCAGUGUAUUGUUCGGCCAGGAGAUUGCGUCCACUUGCUGGGCUUCCGCUUUAAAGAUGUCGAGGAACUCAUAAGCAUUCUCGGAAGCCUCCCUGGAUUCCAACACGUAGAAAGGCUUAGUCUCGAGCAGCUGUAUUUCGACACCCACCCGUCAAUGGCUGGCUUGACAAACGCGUUUCGAGAUCCGCGCCUUGGGAGGAUCAAAGAGCUCACAGUCCAGCUCUUCAACGGGCCCGCAGUAGAAUUCUCCACUCCCGUGCUUAUUACGCUCCUUGCGCACUGCUGCCACCUCAAGUGUGUCCACUUUCGCGGGUGCGGGGUCUCUUAUAGCAAUAGCGGUGGUUUGACUACCUGUGAAAUGUGGAAACACUGGCUCUCUCUUUCACGCGACAAACCCUAUGCCGUCGUGAAAGAGCGCGGUAUCGAGACGAUCAGCUUCGAAGGCGUGGACUGCCAGCGUACGGAGGAUGUACUGGCUUUCAUGUCCGCUGCCAACUCCCCGUUCCAUAUUGAACGGUUACGCUGUCUUUCAAUCCUCUGCCUUACAGACUACGAAAAACCCUCCCCCGGGCUUUGCGCGUUCCUAGAACAGAUCCUCAUAAGGGUUCGCAAAUGUCUCGAGGAGAUUCGGCUAUGUUUUCCCCUGAGGAAUGACUUGGUUGCUCUACCUCGGCUUCGUAUGCUGGGGUUCUACGUCAGAAAGAAGACCGAACAUGGCACGGAGCUCUUGCAUUGGGCUACUAAACAGUUGGCGAAGGAGCCUAUGGCCCCAUCCAUCGAGGUUGGUUUCGUGUCUCCAGUGUUGAGGUGGGGCUGGCAGGAUGAGCUCCGACGACACAACGCCGAAGAUCUGAACGCACUAGAUCUUGCCGGCUUAGUGAAGAGAAGGAACAACAUGAACCAGGACAAAUACAGACAAGUGUUGGAUCUUCUGUCGUCGUUCGACGGCUUGGAUGGCGUUAUAGCUUCUAGAGUCGCGCAAAGAAUGGUGACAGACUUGCGGAUCAUUGGUCCUAGCCGAGGCGAUUCCGGUUUGGACUGGGACGAGAAGCUGCGAGGUGCCCUGUUCCCUCGAUCUGGGGAUAAAUUGCAACUUGGCCGGGUUGCUCCGAGUGUGUAUCAUUAAUGAACGAGUAUGAGAAUGCCAUACAGCAGUG